AUGUCUGACCUUGUUGCAAGUCAGAGCAUCAAGGAUGCGGAGCUUUUGGUCUCCAGGCCGCCCUUUCUAAGACCGUAUGUGUGGCCAUUCACCAUCAUUUACCCCAUCUUCUUCCAAUUGUACUUCAAUUCUUACGACCAGUAUUUCGGAGGUAAAGAAUGGACGUUUGUCUAUACCAUUGCAAUUGUUUCCUUGAACUUGCUCUUUUGGUUGAUGCCGUUUUGGAAUCAGGACAUCAACGCCAAAUUCAACUACAACAAAGUCGACAAGAUCCAAGAUGCCGACUAUAUCAAGAUUACCCCAGCUCCAAAUUCGGGAAUCGGUGAGAUCAGCACCAUCAACAGGGAAACCUUCCACGAUGGGGAAAAACAAAUCAGCUUUUUGUACCAAAAGAGAAGAUACCUCUACCACCCCGAGUUGAAGAAGUUUUCACCACCCGAGUUUUUAUUCGACGAGUUGCCCAAAUUGAGCGUUUACCAAAACUCAAAAGGUUUAUCUGGCGACUUGGAGAAGCAAGUGAGAAAUUAUGGUAAGAACAAGUUUGACAUCCCCAUUCCGACAUUCUUGGAGUUGUUUAAAGAACACGCAGUGGCUCCCUUUUUCGUCUUUCAAAUCUUUUGCGUGGCUCUUUGGUGUAUGGAUGAACAGUGGUACUACUCCUUGUUCUCCUUGUUUAUGCUUGUCUCGUUUGAAAUGACCACUGUUUUCCAAAGAAGAACCACGAUGGCUGAGUUCCAGAGUAUGGGUAUCAAACCUUAUGACGUUUACGUCCACAGAGAUGGCCAGUGGCUGAAAAUCUCUACUGCCGAUUUGUUGCCCGGUGAUUUGGUCUCCAUUACCAGAACUAGCGAAGAUAGUGCCUUGCCCUGUGAUUUGUUGUUGGUUGAUGGAACCGCUAUUGUCAACGAGGCCAUGUUAUCGGGAGAAUCGACUCCCUUGUUGAAAGAGUCCAUCAAGUUGAGACCCUCGAAUGACAAUUUGCAACCAGAAGGUUUUGACAAAAACUCCAUUUUGCACGGGGGUACCAUGGCGUUGCAAGUGACCAAGCCCGAAAACCCAAUUGUUCCUGUUGCGCCAGAUGGAGGCGCUUUUGCCGUUGUAUCCAAAACCGGGUUUGAAACCUCUCAGGGUUCGUUGGUGCGUAUGAUGAUUUUCUCUAGUGAACGUGUCUCCGUUGGCAACAAGGAAGCCUUUUUGUUCAUUUUGUUCUUGUUGAUUUUCGCCAUUGCCGCUUCGUGGUAUGUCUGGGUUGAGGGAACAAGAAUGGGAAGAAUCCAGUCGAAAUUGAUCUUGGACUGUAUUAUUGUCAUCACCUCUGUGGUGCCACCGGAAUUGCCCAUGGAAUUGACCAUGGCUGUCAACUCGUCCUUGACAAAGUUGCAGAAAUUUUACGUUUACUGUACUGAGCCAUUUAGAAUCCCCUUGGCUGGUAGAAUCGACGUUUGUUGCUUUGAUAAAACUGGUACUUUGACCGCUGAGGAUUUGGUCUUUGAAGGAUUAGCCGGCUUUAAGCAAGAUGACAUUCAUUUUUUGAACAAGGCAGAAGACGCCCCAGCUACAACUUUGUACGUCUUGGGAUCUGCCCAUGCUUUGGUGCGGUUAAACGAUGGAGAAGUUGUCGGUGACCCUAUGGAGCAAGCCACGUUGAGCGCAGCUCACUGGAAUGUCGGUGCCAACGACACCGUCACUAGAGAAGCCAAGGAUAGCAAUAACAGCAAAAAGAAGCCAGUGGAGGAAAAAAUCCACAUUUUGCGUCGGUUCCAAUUCUCGAGUGCCCUCAAGAGAUCAUCCACCAUUUCGUCAAUCAACGCUGUUCCCAACAAGAACUUUGUCGCCACCAAGGGAGCUCCAGAAACCAUUCGUAAAAUGGUGAUCGACGCCCCUGAAAACUAUGAAGAAAUCUACAAGUCGUUCACCAGGGCCGGUUCUCGUGUCUUGGCCUUGGCAUACAAGUAUUUGGACACCAAUGUCAAUGUCAACAAGGUUACCAGAGAAGAGAUUGAAUCCAAGUUGCAUUUUGCCGGGUUUAUUGUUUUUCACUGUCCACUCAAGGACGAUGCUAUUGAAACUAUCAAGAUGUUGAAUGAGUCGUCCCACCGUUCCAUCAUGAUUACUGGUGACAAUGCCUUGACUGCUUGUCACGUGGCCAAAGAGGUGGCCAUCACCACCAAGGAUGUCUUGAUUUUCGAUGCUCCAGAAGAGCACCACACCGCUGAAAAGGAUGCCGAUUUGGUAUUGAGAAAUGUUCAGGAGUCAGUCAUUAUCCCGCUCAAUGCCUCGGAUAAGAUUGAUUUCAAAUUGUUGUCCAAGUAUGACAUUUGUCUUACCGGAUAUGCGCUCAACAUUUUGGAUAAACACCACCAGUUGUUGGACUUGUUAAAAAAGACUUGGAUCUAUGCCCGCGUGUCUCCUUCUCAAAAGGAAUUCAUCUUGACCUCGUUGAAAGAAGCUGGAUAUAGCACUUUGAUGUGCGGUGACGGAACUAACGAUGUUGGAGCUUUGAAACAAGCCAAUAUCGGUGUUGCUCUUUUGAAUGGAACUGAAGAAGGCAUGAAGAAGAUAUUUGAAAACAGAAAAAUUGAGGCUACCAAGAAAGUUUAUGAAAAACAGGUGCAGUUGUUUGCAAACUGGGGGAAAUUGCCUCCGCCAGUGCCACCCAUUAUUGCUCAUUUGUAUCCACCAGGUCCAAGCAACCCCAAAUACCUUGAAGCUAUGGAAAAGAAAGGUGUCACCAUCACCGAGGACAUGAAGUUGGCCACUGCCGCGGCAAUGAAAGAACCGGCAUUGGCAACAAUCAAGCCAUCUGCGUCAAAAGUCCCUCAAGAUGGCGGUAAAUUCGCCGAUGCCAUCCUUGGUGCUUUGAACGACGCUGAGGCAGAAGACGAAGUUCCAACUUUGAAGUUGGGUGACGCGUCAGUUGCAGCCCCAUUUACUUCGAAAUUGGCCAACGUGAGCGCCGUGACCCACCUCAUUCGUCAAGGUCGCUGUGCUUUAAUCUCGACGAUUCAAAUGUACAAGAUCUUGGCGUUAAACUGCUUGAUUUCAUCGUACUCGCUCUCGGUGUUGUACUUGGCCGGUAUGAAGUUUGGUGAUGCACAAGCUACCAUCUCGGGUAUCUUGUUAUCGGUGUGUUUCUUGUCGAUUUCCCGCGGUAAGCCAUUGGAGAAAUUGUCCAAGGAGAGGCCCCAUGAAGGUAUAUUCAACACUUAUAUCAUGGGUUCGAUCUUGGGCCAAUUCUUCAUCCACAUUGUCACUUUGAUCUACAUCACGCACGAAAUUUACCUUGUUGAACCAAAGGAGCCAACAGUGGACUUGGAGAAAAAAUUCAAUCCUUCCUUGUUGAACACCGGUAUGUUCUUGUUGCAAUUGGCGCAACAGGUCUCGACAUUCACUGUCAACUACAUUGGAUUGCCCUUUAGAGAAAGCAUCAAGGACAACAAGGGAAUGUAUUACGGGUUAUUGGGAGUUGCAGCAUUGACAUUUGCUGGCUCGACGGAGUUUGUCCCGGAAAUCAACGAAGCGAUGCAGUUUGUGCCCAUGUCGACGGACUUUAAAGUUAAGCUCACGGGGGCAAUUAUUGUUGAUUUGGGCGCCACCUGGAUCAUUGAAAAUGUGUUGAAGCAUUUCUUCAUGAACUCGGAGCCGGCUGAUAUUGCGUUGAGAGAAGAUGAAGAGACUGCAACCGUUUCUUAA